CACCUAAUUCUUCACCCAACAAUAAAAAGAAAAAGAAAAAUUUACAUUUUUUUGGUGAAAUUAAUUAACCCACAUCUUAUUUCAUUCCUCCAAUUUCACGGAGAACAAAAGGCACGCCACGGUCUUUCCCAAAUUACCCUCUUUCUUCUUCCUCCCAUCCAUGGAUCAACCAUCAAUCGCUGCAAGAAAGAGCUUGAAGCGGAAGCUAGAGCACGACUCCCUUGAAGGUAGAGAUGAUCGCAAGUUCCGGGCUGCCGAAGCCGAAGCUGAACCUGAUACAACUGGUCAAGAUCUGGCUCUUGAAAUCCAAGCCCAUGUGGAUAUCCUUAACUCGACCUUUUCUUCUUUAGAAGCCGAUCGCGCCGCUGCCAAGCGCGCUUCUCACUUCCUUUCUCAGCUCGCCAAGAACGAGGAAAUCGUGAAUUUGAUCGUGGAUUGUGGCGCUGUGCCGGCGCUGGUGAUGCAUCUUAUGGCGCCACCUCCUUUGAGAGGUGAAAGUACUCCAAAACAGUACGAACAUGAGGUGGAGAAAGAAAGUGCAUUCGCACUUGGACUUAUCGCUGUGAAGCCUGAGCAUCAACAACUCAUAGUAGAUGCUGGAGCUCUGUCCCAUCUUGUGGACCUUUUGAGGAGGCAUAAGAGCAGUAGUAAUUCUCGAGCAAUCAAUGGUGUUAUCAGAAGGGCAGCUGAUGCAAUCACUAACCUUGCUCAUGAGAAUAAUGUCAUUAAAACAUGUGUCAGGAUUGAAGGUGGCAUCCCACCUCUUGUUGAACUGCUUGAGUUUGUUGAUGUAAAGGUGCAGAGAGCAGCUGCAGGGGCACUGCGGACCCUUGCAUUUAAAAAUGAUGAAAACAAAAAUCAGAUUGUGCAAUGCAAUGCUCUACCCACUCUUAUACUAAUGCUUCAAUCAGAGGAUCCUACUGUCCACUGUGAAGCGGUUGGUGUUAUUGGAAAUCUGGUUCACUCAUCUCCCAACAUAAAGAAAGAAGUUCUUCUUGCUGGAGCUUUACAACCAGUGAUUGGAUUGCUUAGCUCCAGCUGUUCAGAAAGCCAAAGAGAAGCAGCAUUGUUACUGGGACAAUUUGCUGCCGCUGAUUCAGAUUGCAAGGUGCAUAUAGUUCAAAGAGGAGCUGUCCGGCCAUUAAUUGAUAUGCUAGAGUCUCCAGAUGCACAAAUUAAAGAAAUGUCAGCGUUUGCACUGGGGAGAUUGGCACAGGAAAUGCAUAACCAAGCUGGCAUUGCCCAUAGUGGUGGCAUAGUGCCAUUGCUUAAGCUUCUUGAAUCAAAGAAUGGAUCUUUGCAGCAUAAUGCUGCUUUUGCCCUAUAUGGCCUUGCGGAUAAUGAGGAUAAUGUUGCAGAGCUUGUGAAGGUUGGUGGUUUUCAGAAACUCCAAGAUGGAGAAUUCAUUGUUCAAGCCACAAAGGAUUGUGUUGAUAAAACAUUGAAAAGACUAGAGGAGAAAGUUCAUGGGCAACAGGUACUGAACCACCUCUUAUAUUUGAUGCGGGUUGCAGAGAAAUCUGUUCAGGGACAAAUUGCUUUAGCUCUUGCUCAUCUCUGUGCUCCUGAUGAUCGCAAAGCUAUUUUUCUUGAUAACAAUGGGUUAGAGUUGCUGCUGGGGCUUCUUGAGUCUGGAAACCAGAUGCAGCAACAUGCUGGUGCUGCAGCUUUGUACAAGCUGGCCGCCAAAACCACUUCAGUCUCACUGUUGGAUGCUGCUCCCCUAUCACCAACACCACAGGUAUAUUUGGGUGAGCAAUUUGUUAACAAUCCCACGCUGUCUGAUGUUACAUUCUUGGUUGAAGGUAAACGAUUCUAUGCUCAUAGAAUUUGCCUCCUUGCUUCUUCGGAUGCUUUCCGUGCAAUGUUUGAUGGGGGUUACAGGGAGAGGGAUGCUAAAGAUGUAGAGAUCCCAAAUAUUAGAUGGGAUGUUUUUGAGUUGAUGAUGAGGUUCAUAUACACAGGAUCUGUGGAUGUUGAUAUUGAGGUUGCACAGGAUCUUCUUAGAGCUGCUGAUCAGUAUCUUCUGGAAGGUCUUAAACUUCUCUGCGAGUAUACUAUUGCACAGGAUAUUUCUGUGGAAAAUGUCUCACUUAUGUACGAGUUAUCAGAGGGCUUUAAUGCUAGGUCAUUGAUGGAAGCUUGCAUACUGUUUAUAUUUGAGCAAUUUGACAAACUCAGUUCCAAGCCAUGGUGUUCUCAUUUAAUCCAACACAUUUUGCCCGAGGUACGAGAUUACUUUACUAAAGCACUUACCAAGCCCAUCCAAGCUAACUUGAAGCAAGUGUAGAUGAUUCGUCUAGUUCUGAUCUUUAACUAACCACGCUGAAAGUUGAGGGAUGUACAGAAAUUCUGGAGUUGAGCUAAUGUGGCUAAUCUUCGUGUAAGCAUGGUGUGGAACCCAAGUAAAUCAAAUGGCACAAUUUUUUAAGCAACCAUUCAUUGAAGCAAUCUUUCGUAUAUGGUGCUUAGGCAAUGUUAACCCCUGGUUUUGUCAUUGCUCUGUGUAAGUAACUAAUAUACACGUAGCUAAGUUCUGGAAACAAUGUUGGGCUACUUUUUUUCUUAUGGCUAAUUGGCUAAGUUUUGUUUGAUAGGGACACAAUUUAACCUGUAAUUAAUAGUGAGAUUUUGUAUUUAUUCUACUGAAUUUUACGUAAUUUCUGAAAAAUCCAUGAGGUUUUAUUUGUA